AUGGUCUCCACGGAGACUUACCUGAAGGCACUCAGGGCCGAGGCUCUGGAUUGCGACCUAUACUACUCCUACCAAACGCAGGUCACCACCCCUGAUAGGAUCAGAUCCCUGGUCAGCAGGCUUCUGACAGGAGAUCUGGACCCCCAACUGAAGGCGAGUUUGCUGACCUUCUUGGAGCGGACAGAGGAGAUGUGGGAAUUGCACCGACGCCGCCUGGAGGUUAACAUGCUAAUUUGGGGCCUCGAGGUGUCCGCCGCAGAACACAGGGACGCAGAGACGGGAACGAUGGACGAGAUCGAAGCCGAGCUGGCCUCCCUUCUGGCCAUACGAGAAGGUCUCGACAGGGACCUAAGGGCCGUCCACCUCCGCUACAACGCCAUGCGAGAGCCCCUCCCGGGACCUUGCCUACUUGGAGCGUCUUCAACACGUCCAGAUCCCUCUUCUCCUACCCCUUGCCAACGGGUAGCUUGGUCUCUCCCAGAUCAGAAUGCAAAUGAUCUUGAAUGGGUUUCUCACCUUUCUAAUUUGAGAUUCCUUGAUAUGUCAUUUGUGAAUCUUAGUCAAGUUGUUGAUUGGCUAUCAUCAAUAAACAAAAUCUCUUCUCUAUCAGAGCUUUAUUUAUAUGAUUGUGGGCUUCCUCAAGUCAAUCCUAAAACUAUCCCCAACCUGAAUUCUUCCACUUCUCUCAAGAAGCUCGAUCUUUCAGGAAAUAAUUUAAACACUUUGACUCUAUCAUUAGUACUUAAUGUCAGCAAAGUCCUCACACAUCUUAAUCUCUGGGGUAAUGAACUUGAGGGUAGCUUACCAGAAUCAUUUCAGAGUUUGUGUCAACUUAAAGAGUUACGACUAGCUGGCAACAACUUGUCUGGCCAGUUAAAUGACAACAUACAACAACUGCGUUGUGCACAAAAUGGUUUAGAGUUGUUGCUCCUCGACAAUAACCCAUUUAGGAAGGUGUCAUCUACCGUGGGACUGGAUGUCUCUAAAAAUUCACUUUCAUUCAACUUGAGUUCAAAUUGGGUUCCACCUUUCCAACUACAAACUUUAUAUGCAUCAUCGUGCAUUUUGGGUCCAAAAUUUCCAACAUGGAUCAAACAUCAAAGGGAACUCAUGGCCUUGGACAUCUCUAAUGCUAGUAUUUCAGAUUCGCUUCCUAAAUGGUUUUGGGACCAAAUUUCAAGUUUUUAUCAUUUGAAUGUUUCACAUAACAAGCUUAGUGGAACCUUACCACCAAAACCAAGGCAAAGGAUGAAAUUAGAAUACUAUGGAAUGUGGGAUUUUAGUUUCAACAACUUGUAUGGUCCAUUACCUCCUUUUCCAGGAUUGCGAAAUCUAGUACUCUCAAAUAAUAGGUUCUCAGGGUCUCUAUCUUCUUUUUGUGCAUCAUAUCCUUUGGAACUUACUUAUCUUGAUCUGUCAAGUAACUUGUUAGAAGGACCACUUUCGAACUGUUGGGGAAAAUUUCAAAAUAUUGAAUAUCUGAAUUUGGCCAAAAAUAAAUUAUCAGGAAGAAUAUCCAAGUCAUUUGGCACUUUACAACAAAUGAUGUCACUACAUUUAAACAACAACAACUUUUCUGGAACAUUACCUGAAUGGUUAGGCCAUCACAUGCAUCAUUUGAUUGUUUUGAGUCUACGAGCAAACAAAUUCCAAGGAAAAUUACCUAUAAAUUUGUGUAAUUUACCAUUUGUUCAAGUUUUAGAUCUUUCUCAAAACAACAUUACAGGAGAAAUCUCUCCAUGCCUCAACCAAAUAAAUACUUUCUCAGAUAUUCAAUUUUUAAGAAAACGAAUUUCCCAAAAUUCACCUAUAUUGGAAGAAAUAGUUGAUUAUGGCUUAUUUUUUGAGAAAGCAACAUUGGCAUGGAAAGGAGAAGAUAUGGAAUAUGGCAAAAAUCUCGGGCUCAUGACAACCAUUGAUCUUUCUUGCAACCACUUAACAGGAGAUAUACCACAAAGUAUAACGAAACUUGUGGCACUAGCUGGCUUAAAUCUUUCAAGGAAUAAGCUCACAGGAUUCAUUCCAAGCAAGAUUGGUCAAAUGGAAAGAUUGGAAUCACUACACUUGUCAAGAAACUAUCUUUAUGGUAGAAUGCCGGAAAGCUUUCCAAAUUUGAGUUUUCUUAGCUACAUGGAUUUGUCUUUCAACAACUUAUCAGGGAAAAUUCCACUUGGCACUCAACUACAAUCCUUUGAUGCCUCUACAUAUAUAGGGAAUAAUGGGCUUUGUGGCCCACCACUCACAAACCAUUGUCCAGGGGAUGCGACUUCAUCAGCUAAAAUACCUGACAAACAUGCUACUGAUGAAGACAAAGAUAAAGAUGAACUCCUAACCUUUGGAUUCUACGUCAGCCUAGGGCUUGGAUUUUGUGUUGGAUUUUGGGGAGUUUUUGGAACUUUAGUUAUGAAAGCUUCUUGGAGACAUGCCUAUUUCCAGUUCUUCAACAACAUGAAAGAUCAGAUACAUGUGAAAAUAGUGGUUUUUACAGCUAGAAUGAAAGGGGGUUAA